AUGCGCCCUGGGCUGGCAAAACCGGGCGCGCUCCCACUCCUGGCCCUGAUUGUUUUCUCGCUGCUCACCUUGGUGCCAUCGCUGUCGAGUAUAUACAACAUUAAGCUGGCGAAUUUGGCAUUCUACACUGGAGCCCGUCAAGUCCCUCUCAUUCAGGAUAGCGCUGCUGAAAUUACCUCGGAAUUACCUCCCGUCGAUCCUCGCAAGUCAUGGAUCCUGGCUGCGCAAUCAAGGUCCCGUGGGAACCGUCCGUCGCGGUCUUCACGCGUGGGCCACGGCGCGGCGACAAUCCCUAGCGAGGUCGCCCCCGCCGAAAAUAAAAGUCGCGCUUUGCAUGGCACCGAAUCUUCUUACAAAUUCAGUCGAAGAGCUCGCGCGUUCCGCACGUAUUUCAUCCAGCAACUUGACGACUAUCAACUUCUCACCCCUUUUACGAACCGGAGCUAUGCCACCGAGAACGCGAACCUUCCCCCUACGCUUGCGCCCUCAAACAUGGCUCCCUCGCCAACUUCAAACCUCGAAGAAACCCCCGGAAACACACCGCAAUUGAUUGAUGAAUCGAUGUCCUCACACACACCUCCCCAAGCCGAUUCGGGACUGCAAUUCCCCACUCUGCGCAACCUCUGGCAGCAGGCCUGCCGUUCCGUAAUUGGCCUCUGGGAGACCACAAAAGAAUGGUCACAUAAUCGCGCCCUCCAUCCAUUAAUCCGAACUGGCUCAGAAUAUGUUGAGUCAAUAUUUGGGGUCGUGCAUCUGCAAGUCACGCAGAACUCUCGAUGCCCCAGACAGAGAAGGAACUGGCUUUUCCCACGCCGACACAAAUCUCAGAGAAAUUGCCUUGUGAUCAACCCACCGACGCUGCGAGUCACCACUCGCCAGAGCUACGAGGUAGUUGCAUGGCAGUGGUAA